AUGAGCGAAAGGCGACCGCGGCCGCGUCCGCGUCGACGCAACGAACUGCAUGAAAAGCAGCAGGACUUACUCCUUGCAUGGAGCAACGAGGUGUGCAAUAGCGAGGAGGUGCCUGAGGUAGAAAUCGUCAGUCUCUUGCAAGAACACAUACCAAAAUAUCGUCUGAGAGCCGACAGUCUCACUCAGUUUGGAGGGUACGAGAAUCAGGACUGGUUUAUUCCUUCGCCGGCGCUGCCCAUCAGCUCCGAAGAUCUAGCUCUUACUCCUGAUCAGAUCAGGGAAACGCUCAAUUACUUUCUUCUAUGCAGCAACAGGGUGAGCCAAAUGACAAAAACCUACAAUGACAUCGAAGCGGUAACACGGCUCUUAGAAGAAAAAGAGAAGGACUUGGAGCUGACGGCCCGUAUUGGAAAGGAGCUGCUGGCUGCUAACGGACGGCUGGAGGCACGUGUGACUGCGCUCGAGGGAGAACUGCGCAGCGCGCGGGAUCUCGUCACUCAACUCCGCCACGACCUCAGCGUCAAAACUGAUUUGCUGCAGGUGCUAACAAAUGACACCGAGGAAGGCACUCCAACAGAAGAGCAGGAGCCACCUACAGCGGUGGCUCUGCGGAAACGAACCUGCGCACUGGAGAGAGAGAACCGCGCUCUGCGGGAGGAGGCCGCGCGCCUCGCCGCCGGCGCGGACUCCGCAGAGCUGGCUGAGCGACAGCUGCUCAGGGACAUCGCCAACCAACUUUCGAGCGCCAACUCCGAAGCCAAUAUACUUAGUUCUGAAUUGGCCGAAGAGAGGCAGCGCGCUGCGGAUCUGCAGCAGCAGUUAGACGCCUCAAAUUCCAGACUUAUAGUCACAGAACGCAACUUGCAACAGCUAUCAACCGAACACGAACACACGUUACGAAUUUUAGAAAUAACUAGAGAAAAUCAAAAUGCACUUGCAGCAGAAUUGGCUGAUGCUAAGGAGCGUUACGCAGAGGUGGCGGCGCACCUGGCGGAGGCGCAGGAGCAGCUGCGCGCGGCGCGGCGGCGCGGCGAGCCGGCGCGCGGCCUCAUGCCGAGCGUGGCCGCGGCCGCCGGCCUGCUGCCCGCCGCGCUGCCCGCCAGCCUGCACCGCGAGAUGCGCGACAUGCACGCCUCCGUGCACUCCGAGCUCAGCCUCGACUCCGGCAUCGGCGACCCGCUCGCACAUUCAAGCAUGCAGAAAGUGUUUGAGACCGUGCAGUGCGCGUCACGUUGGUCCGGCGCGUCGGGUGCGUCGGGCGCGUCGCUAGCGGGCUCUGACGUAGCGGACGCGCCGCUCGCCGCCACAUAUCUGAAGCCACCGCUCAAGCCGCCUUCCGCCGAUUCCUUUUUGGAUGAUUCCUCCGACGCUGAAUCUGAGGACCUCUAUCCCGGCGGCGCGGGCGUGGGCGUGCCGGGCGCGCCGGGCGCGGCGGAGCUGGCGGCCGCGCUGCGCCGCCUCACGCCGCACGAGAUCAACUCGCGCCGCGCCUCGCUCGCCGCCUCGCACGUGCUGCGACACCGCAGGCACACGGAGCGGGACAUCAGCGAAGAGAGUGCAGUAUGGGGCGUAGGCGCAGCCGGUGGUCUUGCAAGAUUUCGUGCACCUCACAAAUUGCAAAUAGUCAAGCCUUUGGAAGGUUCCCUUACUUUACAUACUUGGGCGCAGCUCGCCAAGCCCACUAUGUCAGGUUUAUUGGAAGAACAAGAAGGCGUUGGUGUUCGCGGAUCUAGAUCCGCUACGGGCGUCGGUAUGAGACUAUAUAGAUUAUCGGAUGUCGAAGAGGAUGACGAUAUGCCACGCUUACCGCAUUCAAGCCACAUAUAUACAUUCACCAACAGUACCGUGCUGCAUCCGAAUGACGGGAGUCUAGCAGGUAGUAGCGUGAGCAGCGUCUGCAGCAGCGGCAUGAGCAGCCUAUCAAGUAGCGUGUUCGGUAGUGCAUGGAGUUCGCGACUGACUUCAAGGCGGUCAUCAGCAGCCGUCUCUCCGGUGCUCUCACGUCGUGAAUCCUUCUGCACGCCGCCGUCGCGACCGCACUUUUCCCCCACGGCUACGCCGGCGAACAGUCCGUUGCUGGGUUCACCCGAGUCGACUCCACCAUCAACACCGCGACCCGGCGACGCUCCUCCCUCCCUUCACGCACUAAUCGCGAGCGGAACCUCAAUCCUCCGCCGGCGCUACCUCGCAUCGCCCGCUGCAGACGGCUCGCCAUCACCGUUAGCGCUCCAAACGCCAGGGUCUUUGUACAUGGGACUUGUGCAUCGUAGUCCCAUGGAACAGCUGACCUGUCUGAAGAGAACGCUACGAUCCCCAGCUGCGGCACCUGAGCGCUGUGAUCCAGCGGAAUCGCCCCUCGGAGUCCCGGCCCAUCCCGGAGAAGGGGCGUUAGACUCUAGUGCUAUGGAUAAUGUAAAUUUAGUAGGAACCAAUGGAAGGCGAGGGAAAGUACGGGCACCCCGGCCUCGAACGGAUUUGGGAACAGUAGGGGCGGCGCCAGCACCUGGUCCGCCCGCUCAGUCUAUAUCCCCUUUAGGCACAUUAAGUUCCCUCCUCUUCGGUCGGAAAGGUGGACUGUUGUAA